UUCCAAAGCAUUAAAGCACAGAAAGUACUCGAACCAUUUUUCUUGUUGCCCAAACAACCUCAAUCGCAUCUAAAUCAACGGCCCUAAUUAAGCCUUGACCAGUCUAGAAAUACCCAACCUUUCAUCAUUUCUGCUCACUGUUUAUUCUCACUCUAAAACUCGCCUUCGAAGCCGCUCCCUCUCUCUCAGAUCUAAACUCUCUCUGCAAAAAUGGCGACCAUCAAGAGCGUCCACGCCCGUCAGAUCUUCGACAGCCGUGGCAAUCCUACGGUUGAGUUUUUGUUUUGGAUUAGAUUGGUUGAUGUGCACACAUCGAACGGUAUUUGUGCUAGAGCUGCUGUUCCUAGUGGUGCAUCUACUGGAAUAUACGAGGCUCUGGAACUGCGAGAUGGAGGAUCUGACUACCUUGGCAAGGGUGUCUCAAAGGCUGUUAACAAUGUCAACGCCAUUAUUGGACCUGCCCUAGUUGGAAAGGACCCAACAGAUCAGACUGCUAUUGACAAUUUCAUGGUUCAACAACUUGAUGGCACUCAGAAUGAGUGGGGUUGGUGCAAACAGAAGCUUGGUGCAAAUGCUAUUCUUGCUGUGUCCCUUGCGGUGUGCAAAGCUGGAGCUGCUGUCCUCAAUAUCCCUUUGUACAAGCACAUUGCUAACCUAGCUGGCAACAAGAAGCUUGUGCUCCCUGUCCCUGCUUUCAAUGAGUUCAUGAUUCUCCCAGUUGGGGCUUCUUCUUUCAAGGAGGCCAUGAAGAUGGGUGUGGAAGUGUACCACCAUCUGAAGUCUGUUAUUAAGAAGAAAUAUGGUCAGGAUGCCACCAAUGUUGGAGAUGAGGGUGGCUUUGCUCCCAACAUUCAGGAGAACAAGGAAGGACUUGAAUUGCUCAAAACAGCUAUUGCUAAAGCAGGUUAUACCGGAAAGAACAAUGAUGGCUCGCAAAAGAUCUCUGGUGACAAACUCAAGGAUCUCUACAAGUCAUUUGUCUCUGAAUACCCUAUUGUAUCUAUUGAGGACCCCUUUGACCAGGAUGACUGGGAGACCUAUGCGAAACUCACUGCAGAAAUUGGGGCCCAAGUACAGAUUGUGGGAGAUGAUCUCCUCGUCACCAAUCCCAAGAGGGUUGAGAAGGCAAUCAAUGAGAAGACUUGCAAUGCGCUUCUUUUGAAGGUUAACCAAAUUGGGUCUGUGACUGAGAGUAUUGAGGCAGUAAGAAUGUCCAAGCGUGCUGGUUGGGGCAUAAUGGCCAGUCACCGCAGCGGAGAGACAGAGGAUACUUUCAUUGCUGACCUUUCUGUAGGAUUGGCCACGUUGUUGAGGAUUGAAGAGGAACUUGGGGCAGAGGCAGUAUAUGCUGGAGCCAGCUUCCGUGCACCCGUUGAGCCCUACUAAACAAAUUCGGUGUUGGAGAUUUUUAACAUCUUAUGUACCAUGGGUCAUGUUUGGAUUGUUGGGACCCAUUUUAAAUAAUCGGAAGAGUUUUUUUGUUUUCGACGAGUAGUGCAUUUUGAGAGCUUGAGCGAUGAUGUACGAACUCACUUUUUUGCUCCUUCGGAUUUUUGGAAGGUUAUUCAUCUUUAUGAAUCUGCUGGGUCUUUUUUCGUUUUCUCCAAUUUUUCAUCGAAAAAUUUGGUUGAUUACCAAGUGUGCUUGGUAGCCUUUAUUUAAACAUGUUUUGCUGGUAAAUUCUGUUCUACACACGUGUGACCUUGAGUAGGAGUCUCAAAUUUUGGGCUGUCUAGAAAUGGAUCAAAUUGAGGAAGGAGGUCUUGAGAAGGAUUUCCAAAGAUUUUACCUAUCAGCUGUGGAAAAGGGGGGAAUUCUGCGUGGGACUGAGGAACAUUCUAAAUUCAGUAGAUAUGUGGGUCCAGAUAAGAAAUAUCUCGUUUAACUGCCAACCCUUGGCAACAAGCUAUAAAAUCUAGAGAUUAUGUAUGAACAUCUUUUGGACUUCUGCUACUACUACUGUGGAAUAGUUGGUCAUGGGAAAAAGGUCUGUG